AUGCAUGGAUUCUCCACUGUAGAUGGAUUUGUGGAGAUAACUGAAUGCAUGGCGGAGAUGAUUAAGUACGUGGCGAAUGAACCCUCGGUAGGGCUUUUCUAUGUUCAGCAGCAUGUCCAAAAUGCAGUUCCAAAUGUCACUAACAUCAGGAAAAACGUGAUGGAGAGGUCCCGUGAGACAAGCUUGAACACGGAAGACUUGGAGGAUUCCAUCACAAUGGUGAGGUCAAUGAAAGAAUGUGGUUUGCCCAUUGCAAAUGAGAUGAUCAAAGACAUCAGGAAAUCUCUCGUGAUAAUGUCCGAGAAAAAGAAGAAGAGAGGAUCAGUUUCGAGGUCAUCAUCCUCUGGCUUUCUGACGAGACUAUCCAGCUCAACAGAACCACCGCCCAGUUGGAGUGAUAGUGAGGAAGCUAUUGCCCUAACAGAUGGCAAGAAGUCAGGUUAUUAUAUCUCCACCAUGUUUAAGACAGCAAAGGAGAAGGCCAGCAGUUUCAAGUGGCCUCAGAUCGAUCUGAAGGAAACCAUUCCAAGUUUUAAUUAUCCAUCACAGUUUAUAACAUCUUCCUCUGCAAGUUCUUCUGUCGUUGUUGCAGAAGCUGAGGAUUUGCCAUUGUCAAGUAAGGCACCCGAGGACACUGCUGAAGAGCUCCAAACAGAAACAAAACACGAGCAGGCGGGAACAAGCUCCCUGCAUUCGCUUGCCAUUUCAGUUCCAGAAGAUUAUGAUGUCUAUAAGGCAGAUAAAUUAGCCAAACUAGAGGAAUGGCUUGUAGAAAGUGGUGGUAAGCGAGAUAGAUUGCCACCCAGUAAGUGA